AUGCAGCGACGCCUCGGACCGUCAACCGGCGUGGGGGGGCGGCGCGCACAGCCGGGCGCUUGCGUUUUGUGUAGCGCUCACAACUACGGCGGAGGCCCACGUGACUGGCCGGUGGGCGGAGGAGUGGAAGGGCACAGGAGUGGGUGUUGGCGGCGUGGGCGGCCGACAGCGGUUUGCGAGAGUGAGCACAACGGGCGUAACGUCGGAGCGUAUGGCCGCGUAACGGGCAGCGAGCGUGGACAGAAAUGCCUAAGUCCCCUUGCAGCCCGGGUAGAGGGCAUGUGUGGGUGGCCCACUUUGUAUGGGAAAAGCGGCCGACGCACGGACCAUCACAUACUAUAUGGGUCCCCCCCGGUUCACUUUCGGACCACAGAACGUUUGCGCGCCGGUUUGUGGGCCAGGGAGGGCCGGUGGUACUAUGUGGAAGGUGAAAGGCAGCUGAUCUCAGCUGCUGGAAGCCCACCCACACUUCUUCCCUGCCAGGCAGGUCACCUCUCCGUGACUGGUGGCGCACAGGUCCUUCGGGGCCUCGCUUCAGGAACGGGGGUGCCCGCCCACCCCGGCCCGUUGGUAUUUCUCCCGCGCGGCUGGUGUGUUCUCUGGUCUUAG